AGUGUUUCGCAGUGACGCAGCCUAAAGUGGUUACAUGUCUGUUAGAAUCGUAACAGUGAAGUUUAAUGAUGUUUAAUCUUCAGAUGUCUUCUACAAACAUGAAGCUUCUUCCUCUCGCGUGUCUCUGUCUCCUGACUCGGUCUGGAACAACGUUGGCUGAUGAACAAAGUCCAGUGAUCAUCGAAGUGAAAGAAGACAGUGAUGUUAUUUUACCCUGUUUCCUCAGCACCAAGGAGAACAUUGAGUACAAACUCUUUGACUGGAAGAAAGAUGGUCAGAAGGAGGUUUUCCUUUAUGAAGCAGGAACUCAUUACAAUAACGGCCGUCCAGGUCAAGAUGAGCAGUUCAAAGGUCGCGUCUCACAUUUUCCAGAUGAGCUGAAGUACGGCAACGCCUCCAUCAUCAUCAGAAAUACGAAGGUGACUGACAGUGGAAACUACACCUGUGAUUUUCCACUUCUUCAGCCAAGACAGAUAUUCAACAUUCAGCUUGUUGUUGAUCGUAUCUUAAAGGACAGAUCAGCUGAAAACAUUGCAGGAGCAUCUCCAGAGCCGUCUGUCAAGAUACUUUAUCAAACAAAGGACUGGGUCCUGCUGCAGUGUGAAGUUCUUGGUGCUUCUUCAAAACCUACAGUAGAGUGGCAGGACAGUGCUGGAAACAAACUUCCUGCUGAGGAGCCACAGGUCUCAGAAAGAGGAGGCAGCUUCUACAUCAUCCUCCAAACUACUGUGAUGAAGACCGACCGCUAUUGCUGUGUAGCCACACAGGAGGAGAUCAGACAUCAGAUUUAUACUGAGAUCUACGUGAAGGUCAAUGAACCCCCACAAUUAUGAGAUGGCACUCUUUUACAGAGCAAUGGCAUCAAAGACAAUACAUCAGGUCAAGAAGAUCACGUCUCACAUUUUCCAGAUAAAGUGUAGCACGGCCCCCAUCAUGAUCUGUAAUACUUAUAAUAUAUAAAUAUUUUACACUGCAGAUAUUAGACUAGCAGCUAGCGGACUUUUCCAUAUUAAAUAUUAUUCAUACUCGUGCUAAACCAGGUGUGUUACCUGUUCCGUGUUUGUAAAAUAUCCACUGCUUCUUCUAACAUAACACUUGAUUUAUACUUUUCUUAUUUACUGGUCGUUUAAGUCGCUGCAUCUAUUGACAGAACAGAGUUAUGUAACGUAACAGGUUGGGCUGCAGCGAUCGAUUCACUUUAGUAAUCGAGUAUUUUACAGAUUAUUUAACCGAUUAAUCGAGUAAUCAGCGCUGCCUUCAUGCUGUUGUGGUCGGCUGGUUCUGUUGUACAGAGCUGUUUUCUUUUAGCUUGAAAUCAUCCCAUUCUUCUCUGACUCUGUUUCUUCUUCCUUCUCUGUUUUCUCUCUCUUCCUUCAUGUUAUAAUCCUCACCAUCAAAUGGCAUCGUCUUCACUUGUCCGCAGCGUAAACACGUUGUGCGACACUAAUAAUGGGCGGUGAUGGUACAGUGGAUAAGACACAUUCCUUUGGUCUGAGAGACCCGGGUUCGAAUCCCCUGUGAGACACCAAUGUGUCGCUGAGCAAGACGCUCAGUUGCUCCAGAGGCGUGCAACCUCUGACAUAUAUAGCAAUUGUAAGUCGCUUUGGAUAAACGCGUCAGCUAAAUGAAUAAAUGUUAAUGUAAUAAUCAUCCGUGUGAAACUGUACAUCAGUGCUUUUCUGUAAUCUAGUUAUCAACUUUCUUGAAUCGUUUCAGCCCUAGUAACGAGUAGUUCACCUGCUCUGCUCCUUGAAUACGCACAGAGCCCCCUCAGUGGCUCAUCUGCCCACCAAAGCAGUCCUACAGGGAAACACUGUGUUGCUGUCAUCUUCUUGUGCUGUAGAUGCUGUUGAAAAUUAAUAAUGUUGGAUUACUAUUAUUCUUGUUCUUGGGAGUUUGGGUUAAUGCCUGAUCAUUUAAAAAUAAUGAAGCCUUAAAUUUAAAAUGUUUUAUAAAUGCAUGAUUUUUCUAAUAGUCGUGUUAAAUAACCGUGACCUCAAUACUGACCAAAAUAACCAUGAUGAAGGUAAAUAGUCUGUAUUUUGUUUAGUACCUUUCUCGUCUUUCUGACUACUCAAAGCUCUUUAUGUCUCACGCUGACGAGCAGAGCCGCCAACUUUUGAGUUCAUCAGAAACAGAAAUUAUGUUACAAAACUCAUUAUAAUUAUGUUCAUUUCAUUUUCUUUAUACCUGCACAUUUUAAUUCUACAACACCAAGACCACAAGGAACUGAUACCUGUCCGUAGCAUCACUCAAAAGUUUCAUUAGCUGUGUUAUUAAUAUACUAUAUAAGAUACAAAUAUAUUUAAUUUGAGUUAAUACCAGUCUGUAUGAUAGGAAGGACAUUUUGGCAGAUACUCACUUACUUGUUUGAAGGCUAAGACCUGGUUUUAAGGUUAUAGUUAGAUUGGGUUUCAGGUUAAGGUUAGGAUCAGUGUUGUGGUUAGAGAGAUGUGAUGGUCGCAAGAUGAAAGUGAGGUUGUUGAGGUGGUGAAUGUGCAUGAAGCUCAUCCUGUUUUCAUAUGGAAGCAUUACCACGACCACAACCUUUCCCUUAACAAGUGUUUAUAAACUGUCCCUCAUGGACAGUAAGAUGACAGCAGGCCAAAAUAUAUAGUUGUUACCUUUAUCUCCCACCACCCGAUAUCUGGUUAAACAAAAUACUUUUAUACUUUUAAUACUUUUACCGUGGACGUAAACACGAUACUUCUUUAGCAGAUUUUUUAAGUAAUUCAGUUAAAAUUUGUGCCCCAUUUGGAUGGAAACUUGAUUUACAGACGACUUUUCAUUCCACCUGUGUGUGUGGCAGCUUUAGUUUUACUCUAACAUGAAUUGAUCUUUCCCUCACAGCUAACAUAUCUACACAUCGAUCAUGUAGUUUCCCUGGACAGAUGUUGAAAUCAUUCAGAAUAAAUGCAACAGUUUUAUUAUUUAUUCCAACACUAUUAUUUACUGUUCAAAACGUCCUCACUGAGUUUAAUCUGGGGUUCAACAGAAUCAUCUGUUUUACAGGUAAAUGUUCUGUCCGGUGUUGAGGCUGUUUGCGUCACAGGAGUAGUUUCUUUUUGUCACUAAUUUUAAAACCCCUGGUAGCUGGUCGUCAGUUAAUCUCAGGGUCGGUGGUUCGAUCGUCUUUCUUCAUGUCCACGUGUCCCAAGUGUUCUUGAGCAAUGAUGGUCAGACCAGCACCUUGCAUGGUAGCUCGCUGCCAUCGGUGAGUGUGUGUGAAUGAUAAAUGCUGUAUUUACCAAAUAUUAUCAGACUGCUUGUAGUUCUUAAAAUAAAGUGAAAAAUAUAUUGUGA